AUGUAUAAACUUUUUGUAUUCGUUACCAUCUUGGCUAUUGCCUUCGCUACUCCUGUUCCUGAAGCCAAAGCUGACCCUAAGCCAGAAGCAAAACCGGGACUCAUUGCUGCAGCUUACAGUGCUCCUCUUGUAGCCAGCCCAUUAGCCUAUUCUGCAGCCUACAGCGCCCCAUUGACUUACGCAGCAUCUCCUCUAGCUUACAGUGCUUACCCAGCUUAUGCUGCUUAUUCUGCAUAUGCUUCACCAUACUUCGUAUUUGCUGCUGUGUUGGCUCUUGCCUGUGCUAAUCCUGCACCAGAGGCCAAAGCUGAAGCUAAGCCUGCACUUAUUGCUGCAGCCUACAGUGCUCCUCUUGUAGCUGCUCCUGUAGCUUAUACUGCUGCCUACAGUGCUCCUUUGACCUACGCUGCUUCUCCUUACGCCUACAGUGCUUACCCAGCUUAUGCCGCAUAUUCUUCCCCUUAUGUUGCUGUUUUAUAA